GGAAAAGGAGAACUAAAGUACCUGUGCAAGCCAACCAUCUAAGGGAAUCUUCCUGUAUUAGUAUUGCUGUAUCGAUGAACUGAACAAUCCUCUAAGGACUGUCUUUGAUCCAGAAUAUUUUGCCUCCUUGUCUGAAUAGCUGCCAGCUGCACAUUGGGAUACCAUUAUUCAAAUAGAUUUUGAACUUCUAGAGGUAUUAUAGCCAAGCCUGAUACGGUUUGCAUCCACUGCCCAAAUCCGAGCACAAUCCUACUGUGGACAGCAAUUUGAAAUGGAAACUCUACUAAUCUAUUAAUUCCCUGGAAAAAAAGCAGCAAUAUUCAAAAUAGCACCUCCUCUGCAGCUAUGUCUGAGGUGGCAAACUCUGCAUUAAGAAGCACUUAGAAGGAGCUCCUGAAACUCUGUGACGUAAACUUAAGAUAUUGAUGAUUGAAUGCCCUUUGGCUCAGCAUAGAUCGAUCUGCGUUAUCAUGGAUUUCUUCGGGCUCUCACCUUUAAUAACCAUCUGCUCUUCAAUGACAGCCAUUGCACAGCUGCCAUUCCUCUGAAGAAGACAAGUCUUUGUGGUGUGAAACACCUGCUCAUCAGUCACAGCAAAAUAUUGUGGGUUUUUUUGGGUUUCUGUGGUAAAUCAUCAACUUUUUUUCUUUUGCCCAAUCAUGGGAGGAUGCUUCUCAAAGCCAAAACCAGUUGAAGUCAAAGUUGAAGUGAUAGUCCCUGACAAGGAGAAGGAGAAAGAAAGCUUUUCACCCAAUGGCAAAGUCAGCUCCAUGGCCACGUGCAAGGCCAAUGGCAGCAUGAAGCACAUGGAGGAGCGGCCUGUCACCGUUGAUCUCUAUCAAAAUCCAAAGGACAUGGUGGAGGUGGCUGUGUGCCACGUGAACGAGCUUCAGAACGGACAGAUGCGAGAGGUGGAUGUGGCCUGUGGCAAAGCCCUGCUGAUUAAAGAGAGGGGAGAAUAUUGUGCAAUCGGACACAAGUGUUCCCAUUAUGGAGCACCUCUGGUAAAAGGUGUUUUAACUAAUGGGAGAGUUCGUUGCCCAUGGCAUGGGGCUUGUUUUAAUGUUGCAACUGGUGAUAUUGAAGAUUUUCCUGGAUUAGAUAGUUUACCAAAGUUUCAGGUCAGAAUUGAGAAGGAGAAGGUAAUGGUGCGAGCAAGUAAACAGGCUCUCCAGUCGCAAAAACGGGUGAAAUGGAUGGCCAGGUGUUCGAAUCUGAGUGACAACAGUUUCAGCAACACCAACGUGCUCAUCAUUGGGGCAGGUCCAGCUGGAUUGGUCUGUGCAGAAACACUGAGGCAGGAAGGCUUUACUGAGCGGAUUGUAAUGUGCACGAUGGAGACACACCUGCCCUACGACAGGCCUAAACUAAGUAAGUCCCUUGAAUGCCAGGCUGAGCAGAUCACUCUCCGCUCCAGAGAAUUCUUAUCACAGUAUGACAUUGAGGUGCAAACAGGAAGGGAGGUGGUCUCAGUGGAUGUGAAGAAUAAGGUGGUCCACUUUAAGGAUGGCCUCAAGAUGGAGUACAACAAAUUGCUGAUCGCAACAGGGAGCAGGCCCAAACCACUCCAGUGCCAAGGAGCAGAUUUAGAGAAUGUCUAUCAGCUCAGGACACCUGAGGAUGCAAACUGCGUUGCCAAGCUGGCCAGCGACAGGAACGCUGUCAUAGUGGGAGCUUCUUUUAUAGGCAUGGAAGUAGCCGCGUACCUCACUGAUAAAGCCCACUCUGUGUCUGUCAUUGGCAUUGAAAACAUCCCUUUUAGGAAGGUGCUGGGAGAGAAGGUUGGACGAUCCAUAAUGAAAAUGUUUGAGACCAAUCGGGUGAAAUUCUAUCUACAGAAUGAGGUCUCAGAGCUGCGAGGUCAGGAUGGAAAGGUGAAAGAAGUUGUUCUGAAAAGUGGAAAAAUCCUUCGAGCAGAUGUUUGUGUGGUUGGAAUUGGGGUUGUGCCAGCUACAUUAUUCCUAAAGCAGAGUGGAAUCAAUAUGGAUUCUAAGGGCUUCCUUCCUGUCAACAAGCUCAUGCAAACUAAUGUGCCUGGGGUCUUUGCUGCUGGUGAUAUUGUCACUUUCCCACUGGCCUUUCGCAACAAUAAGAAGGUGAAUGUGGGCCACUGGCAGAUGGCCCAUCUGCAUGGUCGAAUUGCUGCCCUCAACAUACUGGGAAAAGGAAUAGAGAUUAACACGGUGCCCUACUUCUGGACAGCAAUGUUUGGGAAAAGUAUCCGUUAUGCAGGUCAUGGGGAAGGAUUUGAUGAUGUCAUCAUUCAAGGAGACCUGGACGAACGGAAGUUUGUGGCAUUCUACACUAAGAAAGCCACUGGGAUGAACAACUGCAUACAGACUUGGAGGAGUGAUGAGGUCAUUGCGGUGUCAAGCAUGAACUAUGACCCUAUUGUGUCCAAAGUAGCAGAGGUCAUGGCAUCCGGGAGGACUAUCAAGAAGAGGGAUGUCGAGACCGGUGAUAUGUCUUGGCUCUUUGGCAAAGGUACAUAGUGGAGACUGCCAAAGAGUCCUGUGCAAUGCCACUACUUGGAACAGAUCUUGGCGGCUCAGUUGGACAAUCCUUUCUGCAGCACAAACUCACCAGCAGUAUGUUGUGCUGUGCUGAGAGGGAUGGUGGGGCAAAUACAAUGGGAGAGGUUAGAAGCACGCACUUUAGUACAAAUGGUCAAGCCCCUUUCUUGAACCAAGGUCAUUGUUCCUAAUUUUAAAUGAUAGGAAUACCUAUAAUGAGCGGGGGGGCGGGGGGGGGCA